GCCGCCGCCGCCGCCGCCGCGCUCGGGCUCGAGCUCCGCGCACUCCCUGCGCGGCCGCCGAGUCGAGCGGACGCCCUCGGGGCCGCGCCGCAGCCCUCUGCGCUCCCCCCUAUCAUGCCCCGGGCCCGGGCCCGGGCCGCUCAAGCACCCAGGACACCAUGCCCGAGGGCGGCGGAGGCGACAGCGGGGAGGUGCCCGCGUUCAUCCCGGACGGCGAGCCGCUGCGGGAGGAGCAGCGGCCCUUGAAACAGUCCCUGGGAAGCUCCCUGUGCCGAGAGUCGCACUGGAAGUGCCUGCUCCUCACGCUGCUCAUCCAUGCCUGCGGCGCCGUGGUGGCCUGGUGUCGCCUGGCCACCGUGCCCAGGCUGGUCCUGGGGCCUGAGGCAGCUCUGGCCCGAGGGGCCGGGGUCCCCCCGCCCACCUACCCGGCCAGCCCCUGCUCCGACGGCUACCUGUACAUCCCGCUGGCCUUCGUCUCCCUCCUCUACCUCCUCUACCUGGCCGAGUGCUGGCACUGCCACGUGCGCUCCUGCCAGGCGCCGCGCACCGACGCGGGCACGGUGCUGGCGCUGAUCCGCCGGCUGCAGCAGGCGCCGCCCUGCGUCUGGUGGAAGGCCACCAGCUACCACUACGUGCGCCGCACGCGCCAGAUCACCCGCUACCGGAACGGCGAUGCCUACACCACCACGCAGGUCUACCACGAGCGGGCAGACAGCCGCACGGCGCGCGGCGAGUUCGACUACUCGGCCCACGGCGUCCGCGACGUCUCCAAGGAGCUGGUGGGCCUGGCCGAGCACGCGGCCACGCGGCUGCGCUUCACCAAGUGCUUCAGCUUCGGCAGCGCCGAGGCCGAGGCCUCAUACCUCACCCAGAGGGCCCGCUUCUUCAGCGCCAACGAGGGCCUGGACGACUACCUGGAGGCCCGCGAGGGCAUGCACCUGAAGGACGUGGACUUCCGCGAGUCCCUCAUGGUCUUCGCAGACCCCCGCAGCCCGCCCUGGUACGCCCGCGCCUGGGUCUUCUGGCUGGUGUCGGCCGCCACGCUGUCCUGGCCGCUGCGCGUCGUGGCGGCCUACGGCACGGCCCACGUGCACUACCAGGUGGAGAAGCUGUUCGGCGCCAGCUCGCCGCCCCCCGGCGCGGUGCCCAGCGGGCCCCCGCUCUCCCGCGUGGCCACGGUGGACUUCACCGAGCUGGAGUGGCACAUCUGCUCCAACCGGCAGCUGGUGCCCAGCUACUCGGAGGCUGUGGUCAUGGGCGCCGGCUCGGGCGCCUACCUCCGGGGCUGCCAGCGCUGCCGCCGCUCCCUCAGCAGCAACUCGCUGCCCCCAGCCCGGCCCAGCGGGCCCCGCCUGCCUUUCAGCCGCAGCCGCCUCUCCCUGGGAGCCGGGGGCCGGGCCACGCCAGGGGUCUUCCGAAGCCUGAGCGGGGGGCCGCUGGGGCGCCGUGGAGAGGACACAGAGCCCCUGGAAAGCCCCCCGUGCUACGAGGACGCCCUUUACUUCCCGGUGCUCAUCGUCCACGGUGACAGCGGCUGCCAGGGGGAUGGGCAGGGGGCACUCUGAGACCCAGGUGGCCUCCCGGAGCGGCCUCCUCCCCACCACCCUGCCACGGCCUUCGAUGCCUGAGCAGCUGUUGUCCGAGACAGAGGGGAAAACAGACCAGCACAUGAGGCGGGGGGUGGGGUGGGUAAAGUCCUUAAACAGACUGAAGCACAGUGACCAGGGUCAUUCUGGGGGAGAAU